GUUUGUGGGCCUCGCGACUCGUCUGUCUCUGUCUUGGCAAGCGUUUUCCACACCCUCGCUCCAUUUCUGAACGGGGUUUCGCCUCGAUGACGCCUGUUAGGGAAACUAACCAAAGGUCUGUCCGAAGAAGCAAUAAUACAUAUUAUAAAGAUGGUCAGUCAUUAUUGUGCUUGCCACUGAAAUAUAUCGGAGCAACAUGGGUCCUUCAUGUUCGUCCGUGUAUUUUGCGCUAUUGGUGUUAGCUUGUGGAACUUUCUCGGAACCCAUCACAAAAGAAAAUUCCAGGCAAAAACGUUUAUUCAGCUUGUUUAACAUUGUUUCAUUCAGAAACAACGCAUGCACAUCGACGGGCUCCAGUAAUCAGGCUGGAACGUGUUUAACCUCAUCCGAAUGUGGCUCCAAAGGGGGAUCUGCCUUGGGAAAUUGUGCCUCUGGUUUUGGUGUUUGUUGCAUUUUUACUGUGAGCGGAUCAUGUGGAUCGACUCAGACGAUUGCUCAAAAUUGCUCCUAUAUUCAGAAUAGCGGAUAUCCAACGGCCGACACCACCAUUAGUGAAACUUGCACCUACAACUUCAACCGGAUUUGUGACAAUCUUUGUCAGAUUAGGUUAGACUUCAAUUCCUUGACAUCGUUAGCGGCUACGACAGGCUCGUGUGGUACAGUGAACGACGCGAUUACCGUUUCCAGUCCGUUUUCGUCAUCAAGCAAUGCAUUUCCGCCUGCGGUUUGUGGAACUUUGACUGGACAACAUAUGUAUUUUGAGACAGGCACCUCUGGAAGUGCCGGAGUCCUUAGCUUUGCCAAGGGAACCGGAACCGGGAAUCGAAGCUACCAAAUCAAAGUCACUUAUUUCACUUGCGAUAACUUGGCCAAAGCUCCAGCGGGAUGUACUCAAUACUUCACGGGAGUUCGGGGUUCCUUCCAAUCCUACAAUCAUGCCGGAGGUCAGCUUCUCCAAAGCAUGGACUAUAGCAACUGUUUUCGACAAGAGGAAGGAUACUGUCAACUGCAGGUGCGUGAAUCUUUGGCCACUACCCCGGACCCUUUUCUGUUAUCUGCCCCCACAACAGAAGCACUGACUGCUUGCGCCGAUUUGAGCUUUAUCACUCUUUCCACUCCAAAUCUUGGCUCGUUUUGCGGAGGAAUUUUGAAUACGGUGAACGGCAACACCAUACCUGGUGUGGUUACAUCUUCCCCUGGAUCGAACUUUCAAGUGGGAGUGAACACUUUAGCGGGGGAUCUCUCAGAUUUAACCGGCUUCAACUUGAAUUACAAUCAAGUUCCAUGUGCUUAAAUUCUAAGCAACUUUUGAUCUGUGUUAACAUGGCGCGGUAGCCAAUGUUAAAAUUUAAACUUUUUUCGUGCAUCACAGUUAUAUUAUUGAAAUAAAACAUGGCUAAUAUUGUUACCCGUGCAUGCUGUUCGAAGCAGGAA